ACCUUCACUCAUUUCACUGCAAAAUGACAGAACUACGAAAUUCCGGUUUUUUAUCUCUUUUGUACAGUAUCGGUGACAAACCAUUGAACUUGUGGUCAAAAUAUAUUUCACCUGACGGCAAAAUUUGUCGGGUAAUUGAUGAUUUUUUAAAUGGAGACAAAGUAAUUGAAAUAACAGGUCCUCAUAAUGUUCCUGUUUGUACAAAAAUCAUUUGUCCCGCUGAUCCAACGGAUAUUUUGAAUAUCAAACUUCCCAUUCUUGUUUUAAUUAUCAAAAAUUUACAAAUCCGUUUAAAAUUGGAAUUUCAGAUAUUAGAUAAAGAAAAAUUUCGAAGGAAAUUUUCAUUCUUGAAUGAGGAAAUAUCGCCUAAAAUCGGCACAACCGUCGCUCGAUUGCCAUUAAAAUUAGAAGAAGAUUGGAAUAAUUUAGAAAUCAAUUUACAAAAUUUGUGCCACGAUACUUUUGGAACGGAUUACGAUGCUCUGCAGAGAAUCGUUAUUUAUUCUAAUUGUCAUAUUAGACGAGUUUAUUUGCAAGAUCGCCAUUACGAACACAAUGAAAUAUCAGGGAAAUUAUUUCAAGCAUUUUUCGAUAUGUACCUAUUAAAAUGGGGAAUUGAUUCUGUCGACAGAACUUCACAAACCGAGAACUUCAAAAAUACAGAAACCCUGCAAGUAAAUAAUACUCAAACCGCGCCAAUUUCAACAAAUCAAAAAAAUCCUCUCACAAGAAACAGUGGAGCAAAACAGAAAAUAAGACAAUUUUCAACGAAUUCAAAACAAAUUAAAAUCACCAAAAAGGAAGAAAAGAAUUCAACGAAAAAAUUGAAGAAACCAGAGAAUAACGAAAAGGAAGAAAAAAAAUCGAAAGUACCUCAAAUUCCGAUAAGCAACAAGAAUGAGAAAUUACCAAAGAACGAACAAAAUUUUUCACAGUUCGAAAAAAGUAAAUAUCUUCAAGCACAAAAAAUUCCUUUUCCCCCAAAUGACGAAGGUAACAUUUUCUCUAAAUGGCCCUAUAAAUUCGACGAUUUACCCCAAAAAACACAAAGUGUCACAAAAAUUAAUGACCCAAUUAUCAAUAACUCCCAAAAUCUAAUACAAAAUUCACAAAAAAAGAUCGAACAAAUUAUUCCCAAAAAUCCUUCGAAAGAAUCACUUACAAAAAAACCAAUAACAACAAAUUUUCAAAAUUACAAUGUGAGAAAAAUUAAAAAUAUCCUAAACGAAAUUCACAAAAUAAAACAACAUUUAAAUAAUAAAAAUUACAAAUUCAAUUUCUCAGUGGGCUUACCAAGCGAUAGUGAUUCCGUAAUUCCUGAAUUUGUCGAAUUAGAGGCGAAAACAUUGGAAAAAAAAUUACAAAGUAAAUUAUUAACGUCCGAUUUAAUAGUAAAUGAAUUGUUAAAGUCUCGAUUAAAUCUCAAGAUGAUAUUUGAGAAAUUAAAGAAAAAAGGUUUCUCAAUGAAAAAUAUGGAAUUAUCAAUUCAAAAUCCAGUUGAACGAAAAAAUGCCUAUGGACAAGGAAAACUAAUCGCAAAUUGUCGAGAAUCUUUGAAUAAAGCCACAAAUUGUGAGGAAAUUUCGAAAUUGAAAUCCUCUGAGAAAAUGAAAAUAAAACUUUCAGAAAAUUAAGAAUAGUUAAAAAAAAGAUUAAUUAAAAAUUAAUUGUAAAAUCUAAAAUGUUAAUUAAUUUUCGAAAAAGUAA